AUGGAGACGGCGUCUGCCCUUCACAGCCUGAGGGUGCUCCGUGUCUGCCCAGCAAGCCUGCACCGCCGAGUUGCCAGAAAUCAGAGGCACCCACUGGCUCAGGGCGAGCCGGGCGAAGGGGGGUCCAGAGACCACUGCCACCAAUUUCCGCUCCAAAAUGUGCAAAAACCGGCCAAGAUGGGCUUAACUGAAUGUGCAGGGGACUGGGACCACGAAGCAGGAGCCCAGAUUCCGGAGACCUCCAGGAGCGCGCACACAGGCACGGCGGCGGACGCGGGGGGAAGGACACAGAAACCGGUACUAAUGCACAUUCACGUACACCUAGCGCAGGGCCCCAGCGGCCCCGGGACAGGCGCGCUCAGAGCAAGGCCAGUCCGCGGCGGCCAGGAUCCCCGGAGCCCGGAGCGCCGACAGGUCCCAGGGCCGACGGGACGGAGGCCGGAGCUUCUCCCACCCGCAGCGCCUGCCGAGUCGGCGGGCGACGCCCGCUCGCGUCCUCUGCUCUCAGACGCGCGCAUCGGCCAGAAGGUCUGGGCACUCCUGUUUCACACUCGACCGCCCCCGGGGCGGAAGGGCAGGCCCAGGGGGCGCUGUCCGGCCGCAUGCCGGCGGGCGGCAGGUGUCGGCCUCUGGAUGCGCAAGCCUGGCUCUCAGGAGUGGGGACCGGGGAGCGCCGGGGCGCAGCGCCGCGAGGUGCGAGCCUUGUUCAGCCGCGGACUACAGGCCGGAGCGCUCGGGGCGGGCGGCCUCAAGCGGCUCAUCGCCCCCGCCCCGGGUCCCCCCGCCCCGGCCACCCGCGAGCCCACGGGACGGCCGGCCAGGCGCGCCGACUGCGAGCCCGGGAGCGCGCGGCUUCUCCCGGGUCCUCCUCUCCUCGCGCCCCACCCCGCCGCCCUCUCUCCUGCCUCUCCCCGUCCCCUCCCCUCGCCUGCCCUCCCCGUCUCUCCCACGGUGCGGGCGGGCGCUCCGCCGCCGCCCCCGCCGCCCCCGCCGCCCCCGCCGCCCCCGCGGCCGCCACUCCGCCCCCCGCGCGGCGCGGAGCCGCAGUAA